AUGGCAGAACCGACUGGCUCAACCCACCCCCAGGGUGUUGUGCCGCCAAACCACCUUGGUACCACCGUCCCCAGUGGAGACUUCGAGGGUCAAAGUGAAAAAGCGCCUGCUCCAGUGUCUGAGAAGAAGCCCAUUCCUGACGAUGAUGAGGAGGAGGAGGACAUGGAUGCGCUCAUCGAGGAGCUGGAGUCCCAGGAUGGCCACAUCGAUGAAGAGGAUGAAGACGAGGGCGAGCCCGGCGGUGCCCGUCCUGUGCCCGAGGAGCUGUUGCAGACUGACACCCGCGUCGGUCUCACGGACCAAGAAGUCGCUGCGCGUCGCAAGAAGUACGGUCUCAAUCAGAUGAAGGAAGAAAAGGAGAACAUGGUUCUCAAGUUCCUGAGUUAUUUCGUUGGUCCUAUUCAGUUCGUCAUGGAGGCUGCUGCCGUUCUUGCUGCCGGUCUCCAAGAUUGGGUAGAUUUCGGUGUUAUCUGCGGUCUGCUCUUGCUCAACGCCUGCGUUGGUUUCAUCCAAGAAUUCCAGGCUGGUUCCAUCGUCGACGAAUUGAAAAAGACUCUUGCUCUUAAGGCUGUCGUUCUCCGCAAUGGCCGUCUUGCUGAAAUUGAAGCUCCUGAGGUUGUGCCUGGUGAUAUCCUCCAGGUUGAAGAGGGUACCAUCAUUCCCGCUGAUGGCCGCAUUGUCACAGAAGAUGCUUUCCUCCAGGUUGACCAGUCUGCCAUUACUGGAGAGUCAUUGGCCGUUGAUAAGCACAAGAACGACACCUGUUAUGCGUCCUCUGCUGUCAAGCGUGGAGAAGCCUUUGUCGUGAUUACUGCCACUGGUGAUAACACGUUCGUCGGUCGUGCUGCCGCUCUCGUCAGCGCCGCCUCCGCUGGUACUGGUCACUUCACUGAGGUUCUCAACGGCAUCGGUACUGUCUUGCUUGUCUUGGUCAUUGUGACUCUCCUGAUUGUCUGGGUUUCUUCUUUCUACCGCUCUAACGGAAUUGUCACUAUCUUGGAGUUCACCUUGGCCAUUACCAUUAUCGGUGUCCCUGUCGGUCUUCCUGCUGUCGUCACCACCACCAUGGCUGUCGGUGCUGCUUAUCUCGCCAAGAAGAAGGCCAUCGUCCAGAAACUCUCUGCCAUUGAAUCUCUUGCUGGUGUCGAAAUCCUUUGCUCCGACAAAACUGGUACUUUGACUAAGAACAAGCUCUCCCUUGCUGAGCCCUACACCGUCGCUGGCGUUGACCCCGAGGACCUCAUGUUGACUGCCUGCUUGGCCGCCUCCCGCAAGAAGAAGGGUAUCGAUGCCAUCGACAAGGCUUUCUUGAAAUCGCUCAAGUACUAUCCUACCGCCAAGUCAGUUCUUACCCAGUACAAGGUCCUCGAAUUCCAUCCCUUCGAUCCUGUCUCCAAGAAGGUCAGUGCUGUCGUCGAAUCUCCCCAAGGUGAGCGCAUCACUUGUGUCAAGGGUGCCCCUCUUUUCGUCCUCCGUACCGUCGAAGACGACCACCCAAUUCCAGAGGAAAUUGAUGCCGCCUACAAGAACAAGGUCGCCGAAUUCGCUACUCGUGGUUUCCGUUCUCUUGGUGUUGCUCGCAAGCGUGGUGAAGGUUCCUGGGAAAUCCUCGGUAUCAUGCCUUGCUCGGAUCCUCCCCGUCACGAUACUGCUAAGACUGUCAACGAAGCCAAGACCCUUGGGUUGUCCAUCAAGAUGUUGACUGGUGAUGCCGUCGGUAUUGCUCGUGAAACCUCUCGUCAACUCGGUCUCGGAACUAACAUCUACAACGCUGAGCGCCUUGGUCUUGGCGGUGGUGGUACCAUGCCUGGUUCUGACAUCUAUGAUUUCGUUGAAGCUGCCGAUGGUUUCGCCGAAGUUUUCCCUCAGCACAAGUACAACGUCGUCGAGAUCUUGCAACAGCGUGGUUAUCUCGUUGCCAUGACUGGUGACGGUGUCAACGAUGCUCCAUCUCUCAAGAAGGCCGAUACCGGUAUUGCUGUCGAAGGUGCCUCUGAUGCUGCUCGUUCCGCCGCUGACAUCGUCUUCCUUGCCCCCGGUCUCUCUGCCAUUAUCGAUGCCUUGAAGACUUCUCGCCAGAUUUUCCACCGUAUGUAUGCGUACGUUGUUUAUCGUAUUGCCUUGUCUCUCCAUCUUGAAAUCUUCUUGGGUCUCUGGAUCGCCAUCUUGAACACUUCCCUCAACUUGGAGCUGGUCGUCUUCAUUGCCAUUUUCGCUGAUAUCGCCACCUUGGCCAUCGCUUAUGAUAACGCUCCUUUCUCCAAGACUCCUGUCAAGUGGAACUUGCCCAAGCUCUGGGGUAUGUCUGUCCUCCUCGGUGUUGUUCUCGCAGUCGGUACCUGGAUCACCCUCACCACCAUGUUGGUUGGCACUGAAGACGGUGGUAUCGUUCAGAACUUUGGUGUUCGUGACGAGGUUCUCUUCCUUGAAAUCUCCCUCACCGAGAACUGGCUCAUUUUCAUCACUCGUGCCAACGGCCCCUUCUGGUCUUCCAUCCCCUCAUGGCAGCUCGCUGGUGCUAUCUUGGUUGUCGACAUUGUCGCCACCUUCUUCACUCUCUUUGGUUGGUUCGUUGGCGGUCAAACCUCCAUCGUUGCCGUUGUCCGUAUUUGGAUCUUCUCUUUCGGUGUUUUCUGCGUGAUGGGCGGUGUCUACUACAUCCUCCAGGGCUCUACUGGAUUCGACAACAUGAUGCACGGCAAGAGCCCGAAGAAAUCUCAAAAGCAACGUUCUCUCGAAGAUUUCGUUGUCUCAUUACAACGUGUCUCUACUCAACACGAGAAGAGCUCGUAA